AUGGAGCAAAGCCGUUCAUCAUCUUCCCAAAUUGAGCCCCCAACUUAUGGGAAGUAUAUAACCAUUCUCACCAUUGAUGGCGGUGGUAUCAGGGGGAUCAUCCCUGCUUUCAUCCUUGAAUUCCUUGAAUCCCAACUUCAGGAGCUCGAUGGUGAGGAUGUAAGGCUUGCAGACUACUUCGAUGUGAUUGGUGGGACAAGCACAGGCGGUCUUGUAACCGCCAUGUUGACUGCUCCAGACGAACAUAAUCGUCCUCUCUUUGCUGCCAAGGAUAUCAAGCCCUUCUAUCUCGACCACUGCCCUCAAAUUUUCCCACAGAAUAGCGGCUUGUUAGGAUCAAUUGAAAGUGCAUCUAAUUUAGUGAUAGGACCCAAGUAUGAUGGGAAAUACCUUCAUGGGAUUUUAAGAGAGAAGUUAGGAGAAACUCGGCUGGGGAAAACAUUGACCAAUGUUGUUAUUCCUACAUUUGACAUCAAGCAUUUGCAGCCUACCAUUUUUUCAUCCUAUGAGGUGAAGAAGAUUCCCUAUUUGGAUGCUCGACUGUCUGACAUAUGCAUCGGCACUUCCGCAGCUCCUACCUAUCUCCCUCCCUACAAAUUCAGUAACCAGGGUCGAGAAUUCAAUCUUGUUGAUGGCGGUAUGGCCGCAAAUAAUCCGACAUUAGUUGCCAUAAACCAAGUGAGCAAACAAGUGAUGGACGGAAAUCCAGAUUUCUCCUCUAUCAACCCAAUGGACUUCCGCCGCUUUCUAGUAAUCUCAAUAGGGACCGGGUCGGAAAAGAAAGAACAACCAUACGAUGCUGACAAGGCAGCCAAGUGGGGUAGCCUUUUUGGUUGGUUAAAGCAAGGUGAUUCCGUCCCAUUGGUGGACGUGUUUCAACAAGCAAGUUCAGAUAUGGUUGAUUAUCAUAUCUCUGUCGUCUUCCAAGCUCUUAAUUGCAAGAUCAGGAAUUAUCUCCGCAUUCAAGAUGAUACGUUGAAAGGGACAGCAGCUUCAGUUGAUGUUGCUACAGAAGAGAACCUGGACAACCUUGUGGAUAUCGGGCAACAUCUGUUGGACCAACCGGAAUCUGGGGUGAAUUGGGAGACGGGUCAGACUGUAACAAGCGAAAAUGGUGGUGAGAAAAAUAACAAAUGUGGUUUAGAAAUGACAAAGAGCUACUCAAAAACAUGA